CCUUCCGUCUCCCACUUCUUCCGGUCGGGGGGGCGGGAAACAGGAGCGACCUGGUGUGUUCGUCGCCAGGGCAACGUUGCCGGACGGGUGAAGCACCAUUCGGUGUCUGGUUUGCUUGAACUUGAGUGGGUUUUUUUUCUUCUUGGAAGGAAUCUGACCUUGUGAAGAAUAUGGUGAAUGUUUUGAAAGGGAUACUUAUAGAAUGUGACCCAGCCAUGAAGCAGUUCUUGCUGUACCUGGAUGAAUCAAAUGCCCUGGGAAAGAAGUUCAUCAUACAAGACUUAGAUGAAACCCAUGUCUUUGUAUUGGCUGAAAUGGUUAACUUCUUGCAAGAGAGAGUGGGAGAAUUAAUGGACCAGAACUCUUUUCCUAUUACACAGAAAUAAAAAACGAGGCUGGAUAUGGAUACACAUCGAACUGAAAGCCUGUAAAUUUUUCUGUGAAUUAAUUUAAGGCAGAUUGAAUAAUAGUCACUAUGAGAAGUGAGCUACAUACAUAUCAAGAAUUCUCUUCUAUUGUUUUCAGUUUCAUCCUGUCUAUUUUAUUUGCCAGUGUAAAUUAUUAUAGGAUUUGAGAUUCUUUAGGAUAUUCUUUACGGAGGUGAGUGCAAUGUUAGUAUUGAUAUUCAGUUGCUCUCUGUAAUAUUCCCUCAUAGAAGAAGCCACCUUGAAAUACAGUAUGGUUUUAACAAAAUAUGAAGGAGUUGUUUUUUUAUAUUUCCAAGGAAGGUUCUUAAAUUUUGUAA